AGCAGAUACAGCUGUCUGCGUCUUGCAGAGACGAGGGGCUAUAUCUGUCUGGGAAACGAACUCGGACCUUGGACUGCCAGGACGCAUUUCCUAAUCUGAUGUACGAAGCGAAGGGGCGACUGCACGACUCAGUCCAUCUCCUGCCCCGUCGCUCCAAGAUGGGCUGAAGGCAGCCACGACCGCCCUCCGCUGACCCGUCUAUUCGCGGGCCAAACACUCGAAGGCAACUGCCGCAGUUUACGCCUCCCUAUCGACGAGUGGAUAACAAACUUGAAGAUGACUGCUGACGCUGAAAUGUCUGCCGGGAACCGGGAUGCCGAAGUCACCCCAGCUACUCGGUUCAACUUCAUGGGACGCCUGAGCUCCCUUCCCGCUGUGGUCACUCUCUGGGACGAGGCCGCCCGGUUCUACGCUCGACUGAAAGACAGCGACGUUGUCGUGGCAAAGACGUUGCGGCUUGUCGAGAGCGGUGCUGGACUCGUCGCUGAAGGCGGCAGGUCCGUUGUGAACAAGUUCAAUCGCCAGCUCGGCUACGUGGAUGACCUCGCCUGCCGGGGUCUCGAUAAGCUCGAAGACGUCUACCCGGACGUGGCGAAGAAGCAGCCCGGCGAAAUCCUCAAGGACAUUUGCAUCUACGGCUGCAAGAAGUGCAUCGAUGCUAAAGAUUAUGGCGUCCGAAAGAUUAGCGACAUCAAGGCCAUAUCUGCCGAUGUCCUUCACUAUGCUGCCCAUCCACUUCAGACAGUCUCCGCUUGCACAACGGCGACACUGGCCUAUUCUCAAGAGCUCCUGGAAUUCGUCAACGCUGCUUUGGAUAAGCGUAUGAAUGAGCGGGGCCUCGAGGCUGUCGAAGGUCCCUCAUCCAGCGUUUCGGACGUGAUCGCCCUCCUGACCCUCCUGGACACCGUCGCGCUGAAGGCCCAAGUCUGUGUCAAGGCCUCCAUCACCGCUCGAGCCGCAGCUCUCUGCCAGCUUGCCGAUGACGCCGUCUCCCACGUCCGGGACUUCUUCACCAGCCCACAAGAAUCUGCCGACGCCGUGAACCUCCGGCAUGUCUACCUGUCCCUGAGGAUCACCUACGUGGCGGUCUUCGUGGAUCGCCCCUUCUUUCUGCUUCGAGACCUCUUCGUCUAUGUCCGGUUAUCGGACUUUCUCGCUCUGCUUCAAGACUUCCUCGGCGAUCUACUCCGCCCUUCGGAAGAGCCGCGACCCAUUCGCAAGAAGCCCAUCGUGGAUUCCGAACAUCGUAUGUCGUCAUCCGGCAGCUCGUCCAUACAUUCGGAUUGUUCGGACAGUGCUAGUGAUGUCUGAUCUCCAACUAUGCCCUUGUUCGUCGCAUUCUGACCAUGGUUCAAUAUGAUAUAGCUUGAA